AUGCACACUGGAGAGAAGCCCUAUGAGUGCAAGUACUGCUGGAGAGCCUUCAGUUUCUACUCAUCCCUUCAAGAACACGAGCGAACGCACACUGGAGAGAAACCCUACAAAUGUAAGCAGUGCGGGAAAGCCUUCACCUGUUACUCCUCACUCCACGGACACGAGAAGACACACAGUGAACAGAAAACUUACGAGUGUAAGCAGUGUGGCAAAGGUUUCAGUUGUCCCAAAUACUUUCGAAUCCAUGUGAAAAUGCACAGUGGCGAGAAACCCAAUGAAUGUAAGCAGUGUGGCAAAGUGUUUAUUUGUCCCAAAUACUUUCGCAAGCAUGUGAAAAUGCACAGUGGAGAGAAACCCUAUGAAUGUAAGGAGUGUGGGAAAGCCUUCAUGGUUCUCUCUUACCUGGAAAGCCAUGUCCGAACGCACACUGGGGAGAAGCCCUUUGAAUGUAAACAGUGUGGGAAAGCUUUCAAUUGGCCCACCUCCUUACAAGCACACAUGAGAACACACUCUGAUGAGAAACCCUAUGAAUGUAAACAGUGUGGGAAAUCAUACAAGUGUUCCAAAUACUUUGAAAUCCAUGUGAAAAUGCACAGUGGUGAGACGCCCUAUGUAUGUAAGGAAUGUGGAAAAGCCUACAGUUUUCCCUCAUCCCUUCGAGAACAUAUGCGAACCCAUAAUGGCAAGAAAACGUAUGAAUGUAAGCACUGUGGCAAAACAUUUAAUUGUUCCAAAUCCUUUCGAGUUCAUGUGAAAAUGCACAGUGGGGAGAAACCCUAUGUAUGUCAGGAAUGUGGAAAAGCCUUCAGUUUUCCAUCGUCCCUUAGAGAGCAUACGAGAACACACACUGGAGAGAAACUUUAUGACAUCAGAAAGAAACCCUAUGAAUACCUAGAAACCACCUCCCAGGAAGGAGCCCUGGCAUUGCCGGAUAACAUGUUGGGAGUGGAUCUGACCAGUUUGAGUGUCUCCUCGCUCAGGGACCAUCACGGAGUGACUGUUUGUCCCCUCACCGAAUGGCGCUGUCAUGUGCUGCUGGUUUCUGAAGCUAUCUUUGUUCCAGAGGGCUGCAAGUCCAAGGGGAAACCGUUCAUAUCCCAACAAGUUCCAUUUGUCCUGGACGCUUUCCUGUUUCAGAGGAGGACAGGAGACGGAAGGGCAAAAGCAGACCCCCAAGAUAAGCACAACCGCGCCGCCUGCGGCUUCGGCUUCCACUCUGGAGAGCCCACUCGAAUUCCAACGCCUCGCCAGAGGUUUAGGAAAAAGGCUGAGGUGGAUUGA